AUGUGUGCCGAACCGCAGCAGGUCUGUCCAAGACGCUUCGGGCUCAACUAUGACCCGCCAGCGAUUAUUCUGGAGUACCUUGAGGUCAAGACCGGCAAGCUCUUCCACCGCAAGGUCACGCUCAAGAGGCUACGGGCCUCGGCGGACCCAGCAAGAGUGGCAGAAAAGUUGCGCCAGAAGAACCGGCCGCUGCUUACUGAGGACAGCGGUGUUUGCUUUGAUCAGAUCGUUUCGCUCGUCAAGAAGCUUCAAGACGCCAUGUCGCAUGAUGGCGUGAAGGCAUCUGAUGACGCGGCAACAGUCAAGCCAGUCCUGCAGCAUGCUCAAGAUAAUGGGACACUGGAGCCAAUGGCUCUCAUUCGGGUGACCUUCGGAGAUGGCUUCGAGCGUGGGGCAGACGAGCCCUGCAGCAGCUUCGAACGGCUUAUUCCGGACACCGUGGAGCUUGAGGAGCUCAAGCAGAUCCUGGCCAGGUGGGCAGGAUUCGGCUCUCGAUGCGAUUGCUUUGAGCUGGCCGCGCCUUUCGCCGUGCGUGGCAGCUGCUGGAGGCCCAGCUUCGGCAGGCGCAGCCGGCCGCUGCCUGACAUGCUGGUGAAUGGCUCCAAACUGAGAGAGGUAGUUCACAUAAUGAUGGAUGACGCUGGGUAUGCAGGUGUCGACGCUCAGAAUCUGGCCGUCUUUGCUGUCUGGCCGACCUGCCCGUCCUGCGAUGACGCCGCCGCGAUGACCUUUGGCCGUGAUGCUAGCAGCUUGAUCCAGUUUGGCGGACCCUGCAGUUUGGAGGACUCGGGCGGCCGGGUGAUCUAUCAGCUCGGGGGCAAAGCCCAAUGUGGCAACUGCUGGUUGAAGCAGCAGAGCAGUGCAGCUUCCAGUGAGACACUUCUUUCGAGAUAG